AAAUCAGAAUCAUUUCUUCUCCGUCCACAAAAAAAAAUGGUGUUAGUGAUAACAGAGCCAAUUAAGAGUCAAUCAAAGACGGUAUGUGUGAUAGGAGCAGGACCAUCAGGGUUAGUGUCGGCGCGAGAGCUAAAGAAAGAAGGACAUAAAGUGGUGGUGAUGGAGCAAAACAACGACGUAGGAGGUCAGUGGCUAUACCUACCAAACGUAGAAGAAGAAGAUACAUUGGGAAAAACAAAAAUCCUAAAAGUACAUAGCAGUGUUUACUCAUCCUUGAGGUUGGCUUCGCCGAGAGAGACAAUGGGUUUCUCUGAUUUUCCGUUCACCGCGAAGGAAGGAAGAGACUCGAGGAGAUUCCCGGGGCAUGAGGAGCUUUGGUUGUAUCUUAAGGAUUUUUGUCAAGUGUUUGGGUUAAGAGAUAUGAUUAGGUUUAAUGUUAGGGUUGAGUUUGUGGGAAUGGUGAAUGAAGAUGAUGAUGUGAAGAGAUGGAUGGUAAAGAGUGUAGAGAAAGAGAGCGGUGAGGUUAUGGAAGAAGUGUUUGAUGCUGUUGUUGUUGCCUCUGGCCAUUACUCUUAUCCUAGAUUGCCUUCCAUCAAAGGAAUGAAUUUGUGGAAGAGGAAGCAACUUCAUAGCCAUAUCUAUAGAGUGCCUGAUCCUUUUCGUGAUGAGGUCGUGGUUGUUGUCGGAAGCUCAAUGAGUGGACAAGACAUAUCAAUAGAGCUUGUGAAAGUGGCAAAGGAAGUUCAUCUAAGUGCCAAAUCACUUGAGAUUCCUCCGGGCUUGACUAAAGUCAUUGAAAAACAUCAAAAUCUUCAUCUUCAUCCUCAGAUUGAAUCUCUAGAAGAAGAUGGACGGGUCAUCUUCGAUGAUGGGUCUUGUAUUGUAGCUGACACUAUUUUAUACUGUACCGGGUAUGAUUACAAAUUGCCAUUUCUUGAGAGCAAAGGAAGAGUAGAAAUUGAUGAUAAUAGAGUUGGACCACUCUUCGAACAUACUUUCUCUCCUUAUCUCUCCCCUUCUCUCUCCUUUGUCGGAAUCCCUCGAAAGUUAAUUGGGUUCCCAUUCUUCGAAUCACAAGCUAAAUGGAUAGCGAAGCUUUUGUCAGGCAAAACAUCACUUCCUUCCUCUGAUCAAAUGAUGCAAUCAAUCUCUGAAUUCUACCUCUCCAGAGAAGCUGACGGAAUCCCAAAACGCAACACUCACGACAUCGCUGAUUUCAAUUAUAGCGAUAAAUACGCGGAUUACAUUGGAUUUCCACAUUUAGAAGAAUGGAGAAAGGUCUUGUGUGUAUCGGCUAUAGUGAAUUCCAUCGAAAAUCUGGAGACUUAUCGUGAUUCUUGGGACGACGAUGAUCUUCUUCAAAAAACUCUUCAAGACCCUUAUUUUACCCAAGAAAUUGCUUCUGUUUAGAAAACAACAUUUUAGCUUUUGUCUAAAAUCUAAAUGAGUAAAACACUAAAGAUCUAAACUUUCU